GUUUUAGUUAGACCACAGUUGGCAACAUCGGAAAGGUGAUUCAGAGGUAAAAAGAAAACGAAAACAAAUAUUAGAUAUUAAUUAACCUCCUAGGAGGCCUUGAAGGUAUUUAGUUGAUAUUUUCAUUGCCAGUGUUUGUGUUAAUGUUUCUUUUAAACAUUAAAUUAUCUCACCAAAUGAAAAAGUUGAAGAUACUGCACAGCCACGCAUUAUUUUCGGUACAAGGAACAUAACCUUAAACAACAAAUUUGGAAAACAUCACAAAAAUAAUGUUUAUCGUCAUACAAAUUUUGAUCUUAAUUAAUUACUCCCUGUCUAUACCUGAAGUGUACCCAAAUAACAGACAGGACUAUCAAAGAAUUAUAGUUAAUAAAUGUUGUGGAGUAAAUGAAACAUAUUUUGGUAACUAUUGUAAGCUUGCAGAUGAAGUAAACCUCUGGCAUCCUCUUUUCACAUCUGAGCGAGGCGAAACAAAUUUGCAAAUAAAACAUAAUUUAGCAAUAGGUACACCUAAUUGUGGUCAUAUGCAACAAUGGUCAGUGUAUCACUAUCAAAAUUCAACAGAUAAACUGAGACUGUUGCCAAACGGUGUAUUAAGACAUUACAUUGAUAAUCAAGUUCCAAAUGAAUUAGACAAUGAUUCUGAAUUUGCAGAUGACAAAUCUAAAAUAUAUUACGACUAUGCACCUGGAAAAUAUUGUUUGGAUAAGAAAAACGAUGGUUUUGGAUUUAUUAGCGAAUUUGCAUUGGUAUGUGCACCUAUUCACCAGCAUGAUUGGACAGCAAACGAGUUUUUAAUGCACAAUGUUGUAAGCCCUGUCACACAUGCAAUAACUAUUAUUUUUCUGUUAAUAGUGGCAAUAAUUUAUUUUGUAAUGCCAACAUUAAGAGAUCUGUCAGGAAAUAUCACAACUACAAUUUGUAUGUGCCUUAUAGUAAGCCAAACAGCUGACUUGGUGAGACUUUUAACAGUUUUUAAAAGCCAUAUAAGUCUGCUUAUUACUGAGACAAUAUGCUAUAUUAGUCUGUUAGGUGCCUUUUUCUGGUUGAAUAGUUUAGGAUAUUAUAUAUGGAAAACAUUUAAAUCAAGAAAUGUAUUUCUGAGAAUAACCGAUGGUAAAAAGUAUUGUUACUAUGGGCUGUAUGCCUGGUCCUGCACAAUAAUUUUAGGAGUUUUAGCAGUGUUUGCACAUUUUACAAUGGACUAUCCUGAAUUUAAAGCAAAAAAUGUUCAAGAUCCUGAGCAAGAACAAAUAGGAUCUUUAGGAAUGAUCAUAUUCUUUGUACCUGUAGCCUUUACAGUAUUAGUUGAUGUAUUUUUCUUUGCCACAACUUUGAAGAAAAUCAACAGAAUGCAUACUUAUGGACGAAUACAUCAUAAACUAAGACACAGUUUUAGAAUGUUUUUGCUCCUCAUGCUUGUAAUGACUCUGUGUUGGCUGUUCCUUCUUUCAUCAUUUUCCAAAUUUGAAGGAUUAAUAAGCAGUCAUAUUAUUGUAAAUACACUACAGGGGCCACUAAUUUUUUACAUAUGUGUUUUGAACCAGAAACAUGUGUCUUAUUUAUUAAAGAAGACAUGCUGUUAUGAGAACUGUAUUUGUCCAUGUUGUCGCCCCGAGCAAGAGAGUGAAUGGGGAGAUGAAAUGACAGCAAUGAACACAAGUCCAUAUUAAUAUUUAGAGACAAUAGUGUGAUAUUUGAUAUUUUUUUAGAUCUAUUAAUGUGAAAUAUGAUUAUAUUUAAGAAAAUUGUUAGUGGAUAAAAAUAAUGUUGUUCUUAAGUUAUAUUCUUUUUAAUAACAAAAUAUAUCAACUGAAUCUCAA